CUACGGCUCCCGGAAGGGGCCAUCCCCGGCCGUUCUCGCGUCUGUCCCGGCCCCGCUGCGGGCCGCUCCGGCCGGUGCUUUGCCCGGCGCCUCCGUGCGCUCGGCCAACGGCCUGUGCGAGCGCUCAGCCGAGCGCCCCGGGAGCCGGCGGGCGGCGGUCCUCGCCGGGGACCCUCCAGCGGGCCCAGGGGAACAAAAGUGUCUGACUCCAACAUACACUUUGUGAAGCAAGAAAGGAUUUAAUAUGAAGCGUAGAAGCAGAUAAUGCCAAAUUGUGAGCAGUAGGUGGUGCACAUUUAAUGAGUAGGGGGGCAACGUUUCCAUCUCCCACUGCUUCCGAGAUGGCGGAAAUUAGUCGAAUUCAGUAUGAAAUGGAAUACACCGAAGGUAUUAGUCAGCGAAUGAGGGUUCCAGAAAAACUAAAGGUCGCACCCCCAAAUGCUGACCUGGAACAAGGCUUCCAAGAAGGUGCUCCGAAUGCUAGCGUGAUCAUGCAAGUUCCAGAGAGGAUUGUUGUAGCAGGAAAUAAUGAAGACAUUCCAUUCUCAAGACCAGCAGAUCUUGACCUUAUUCAGUCAACUCCCUUUAAACCGUUGGCACUGAAAACACCACCUCGUGUACUUACACUAAGUGAGAGACCUUUAGAUUUUCUGGAUUUAGAGAGACCUGCUCCAACCCCUCAAAAUGAAGAACAGAUCCGUGCCAUUGGCAGGCUAAAAAGAGAGCGCUCUAUGAGUGAAAAUGCUGUUCGCCAAAAUGGACAGCUGGUCAGGAAUGACUCCAUGUGGCACAGAUCAGAUUCUGCCCCAAGAAAUAAAAUUUCAAGGUUCCAGUCACCGAUUUCUGCACCGGAGUACACUGUGACACCAUCGCCACAGGUUCGGGUGUGUCCUCCCCAUAUGUUACCUGAAGAUGGAGCUAAUCUUUCCUCUGCUCGUGGCAUUUUGUCGCUUAUCCAGUCUUCUACUCGUAGGGCUUACCAGCAGAUCUUGGAUGUGCUGGAUGAAAAUCGCAGUGUGAGAAGACAAAAUGAAAUACGUUGUGAAAGACCUGUGUUGCGUGGUGGGUCUGCUGCCGCCACUUCUAAUCCUCAUCAUGACAACGUCAGAUAUGGCAUGUCAACUAUAGAUACAACAAUUGAAGGGACUUCAGAAGACAUGACCGUGGUAGAUGCCGCUUCAUUAAGACGACAGAUAAUCAAACUGAAUAGACGUCUCCAGCUUCUAGAAGAGGAGAACAAAGAACGCGCUAAAAGAGAAAUGGUCCUGUAUUCAAUCACCGUAGCCUUCUGGCUGCUGAAUAGCUGGCUCUGGUUUCGCCGCUAGAGGGAAUGUCCGCUCUCCAAAACACUGUCUCAACAGCUGAAAAUAUAAAGAAUUUGCAAACUUGUUGGUUUCUGUCUUUGCUGUAUGCCAUUAUAGCCCAUCCCGUGAAAAUGUAUUCUCUCCAGGUAGGCAGGGACGGACUGACAGCCGCAGAAGUUAAAGGUAUGAUCUGUCACUCGUUGUAUUCACGUGUAGCUAGUUCGGCAGUAACACCUACUUAAAACUCUCCCUUUGCAUGUUCUGUAAAUAGCUCUAGGGGUGGGAGUUUUUGGGUUUCGUUUUUUUGUUUUUUGUUUUUUGGGUUUUUUUCCAGGAAUUCAGUUUUGGGCCACAGCAAUCUGCACAGCUGAUUCUUUGAGUGGGAGAAAAAGAUGCAUAGAGAAUGAACUUAGGAAAGUAUAAGAGAAAAUACUUCCUUUGACUUCCUGUUUCUCAAGCCCUAGUGAGCAGUUUUGUUAAUAGGCAUUUCUGCGUCUGCAUUUCAACAUGAAUCAAGCCACCUCAUGUUUCACGGUCACGUCCAUUAAAAUGAUUUCUAACAUUUCAGCAGUUUAUCUAAUACUUGUGUAAAAUGUGAGUUAUUUUAUUUUAGUUUUGCAGAUGGUUUUCUAUGAAGUACAUUUUUACUAAGUCUAUAUGUGUGAAUGAUUUGGAAAAAAAACUACAAAAUAAGGUACAAAUGUAGUGUAUUUAAUAAACUGUCAACGCAAA